GAUACGGAAGUCACAUUCAGAGGUCAGAGGUAAUCAAGCCGGGAAAUACUUCACUCACAACCAUGGCACCAAGAUGGUUACCUCUGGAGUCCAACCCAGACGUGAUGAACAAGUUUGUUAAGCAGCUGGGUCUGCAGGGGCCCUAUGGAUUUGUGGAUGUCUUUGGAUUGGAUGCAGAUCUGUUAACUAUGGUGCCCCGUCCUGUAGCCGCAGUUCUACUAUUGUACCCCAUUUCUGAGAAGUCUGAGGCUACAGCACUGGGUGUGGAGGAGGAGAACAAAGAAGUCUACUUUAUCAAGCAGACUAUUGGAAAUGCCUGUGGAACCAUUGGCGUGAUCCAUGCCCUGGCAAAUAACACUGACAAAAUCACUUUGGCUGGAGGUAACAACUUUCUAGCUAACUUCUUAGCCAAAACCAAAGAUAUCAGUCCUGAUGAGAGAGCAAAGAAGUUGGAAAUAGACCCAGUAAGUACUGAUGUGGAGANCUUAGCCAAAACCAAAGAUAUCAGUCCUGAUGAGAGAGCAAAGAAGUUGGAAAUAGACCCAGACAUAGGAGCAGCCCAUGAAGCAAGUGCACAAGAGGGCCAGACACAGCCACCACCAAUAGAUGAAAAAGUCGACCUCCAUUUCGUGACCUUUGUUCAUAAUAAUGGUGGUCUCUAUGAAUUGGAUGGACGUAAAAAUGCUCCCAAGCGUCAUGGCAACACUACUGCAGAUACUCUACUUGAGGAUGCUGCAGCAGUGGUGAAGAAGUUCAUGGCAAGGGAUCCAGAUAAUAUCCACUUCACUGUGGUUGCCUUGGCUAAGACAGAUUAGAUUGUGUUAGUUGUGACAUCUGCUGUACCAGUGAUUGUGCUUGCUGUGCCAGGAACCUGGUGAGAUUGUGUCCAAGACUAAGAUCCAUGGAAAUGGUUCUGAUCAGUGUGCUGCUCAUGUUUGCUGUCCUUCUUAAACAAUAUCAGCUCCGUGAGAAUGUGAUAAUUUUAAUACUGUGCAUAAUGGAUAAAUUUUGAAUAUUGGAUAAAGCUAUGACCCAUUAUUCAAAAUUCAAAACUACCAGUUGAGAAAAAUGUUUUUGUAAGCAAAGCAGUCCAAAUCAUUCCAUUCUGCCAUUCUGUAUUGUAAGGAUUGUCGUAAUGUGGGGCAAAUCAAACACCUACAUCUUUACAAACAUUUCAGUAGGACCAAUAUUUAAGAUCUGAAUUUUGUAAAUGCACAGGAGAUGAAAACUGUUGAAUUGUUAUUAUCAGUUAACUUGCAUGCAUGUGUCCACAGAAAUUGGUUUCAUAUGGUUGAGACAAUCAAACAAUUAAAAAAAGUCUAGUAUUUGAUCAUGCUAUCUAAAUGAGCUGCUUUUCAUUAAAAUGAACAUGCACUGUAGCAAAGCUGUGUAUUAAUUUUAACAACAGCUUAUGACCACUUUACUGUACACACUUGGCAUAUAGAGGUCCAUUGGAAGGUACCAUGAGGUACGGUACCUUGGGAAGGUACCAUGGGGUACCAUUGGAGAUUCAUGUUGUAGAGAGAGAUCUCAGUGAGUGUAAAUAUGUUGCUUGUGUACUAAAGAAAAAGAAUACAUAAAAUGUGACAGCAUCUUACUCAUUGUUUGAAUGUUGAACAGUAUUUUCAUGAAGCAAAUGAAUCUAUUCAUUGAUAUUGCCAAAUGAUGUGACUUGGUCACGCAGUCAACUAUGUGUUAUGUGCAAUGAAAUAUGUUCUACAAAUCAA